AUGCUUAUUCGCCUGGUCUGUAUGGCCGCGGCUCAGAAGCAAAGACAUUUCGAGCUUGAUUUGACAGGAUGGGUCAAGGACAAUCCGAAGGAUAAGCCCAAGUACGAGCCCCCGCCAAGGCCUACAACGCGAGUUGGCCGCAAGAAGAGAAAGGCCGGUGGCACCAGCGCCGCUCAGAAGCUUCCCGCCGUUUAUCCUACCAGCCGAUGCAAGCUCCGACUCUUGCGAAUGCAGCGAAUCCACGAUCAUCUUUUGCUCGAGGAGGAAUAUGUAGAGAACCAGGAGCGUCUACGCAAAGCUAAGGCAGCCAAGGAAGGUCAAACUGCUGGCGCUGGCGCUGACGCCGACGUUGACCGACUUGCCGAUGAGCGUGGUCGUGUUGAUGACAUGCGAGGAAGCCCCAUGGGUGUCGGAACUCUGGAAGAGCUCAUUGAUGACGACCAUGCUAUCGUCAGUAGCACUACCGGCCCUGAGUACUACGUCAGCAUCAUGAGCUUUGUCGACAAGGACCUUUUGGAACCCGGUGCCAGUGUACUACUACAUCAUAAGAGUGUUAGCAUUGUUGGUGUUCUGACAGAUGACGCCGACCCUAUCGUCAGUGUGAUGAAGCUCGACAAGGCGCCGACAGAGUCAUAUGCCGAUAUUGGUGGUUUGGAACAACAGAUCCAGGAAGUCAGAGAGUCAGUGGAGUUGCCACUGCUUCACCCCGAGCUUUACGAGGAGAUGGGUAUCAAGCCCCCGAAGGGCGUCAUUCUCUAUGGUGCACCUGGUACCGGAAAGACGCUACUGGCCAAGGCUGUUGCCAAUCAAACAUCUGCCACUUUCCUACGUAUCGUGGGUAGUGAGCUUAUUCAGAAGUAUCUCGGUGACGGACCUCGACUUGUUCGACAGCUUUUCCAGGUUGCUGGCGAGAACGCACCCUCUAUUGUCUUUAUUGACGAAAUCGAUGCCAUUGGUACGAAGCGUUACGAUUCGACAUCGGGUGGUGAGAGAGAAGUCCAGCGAACCAUGCUGGAGCUUCUCAACCAGCUGGACGGUUUCGAUGAUCGUGGUGACGUCAAGGUCAUCAUGGCCACCAACAAGAUCGAUACUCUGGAUCCCGCUCUGAUUCGACCUGGACGUAUCGACCGAAAGAUUCUGUUCGAAAACCCCGACCAGAACACCAAGCGCAAGAUUUUCACUCUCCACACUUCCAAGAUGAACCUUAACGACGACGUCGAUUUGGAAGAGUUCAUCUCCCAGAAGGACGACCUUUCAGGUGCCGACAUCAAGGCCAUUUGCUCCGAGGCUGGUCUUUUGGCCCUUCGAGAGCGAAGAAUGCGGGUGCAGAUGGCGGACUUCCGAUCAGCGCGUGAAAGAGUGCUCCGUACAAAGCAGGAGGGUGAGCCAGAGGGUCUGUAUUUGUAA